AUGGCGAGCAAACCUCCUCCUGCGCCUCGCUGCAACGAAUGCCGACUGUCCGCUAGAUGGCAAUCGGAACGCCGCCCCAACGACCCCUAUCCGUCGCAUCGUUUCGGCCCACACAAAAUGUCAUCCGGUAAAAAUCGUGAAUCAAAAAAAAAUCCAGAUGAUACAAUAAAAAUUUUAAUUGCGACCGAUAUUCAUCUAGGUUUUGAAUAUAACAAAAAAAGAGGUCAACAAACAGAAGAUAGCUUUAUAACAUUCGAGGAAAUUCUUCAGUGUGGUGUAAAUCAGGAUGUGGAUUUUAUUCUUCUCGGUGGAGAUCUAUUUCAUGACACCAAGCCAACACAGACUGUAAUGUUAAAAUGUAUGGAACUAUUAAGGAAAUACUGUUUAGGUCCUAAGGAGAUUAAAAUUCAAUUCUUGAGUGAUCCAGAGAUUAUAUUUCGCCAUUGUGCCAAUAAAAUUGUGAAUUAUGAAGAUCCAAACAUAAAUAUCAGUAUGCCAAUAUUCUCCAUUCAUGGAAAUCAUGAUGAUCCAAGCUUUGGAGCUGUUGGAUCAAUGGAUUUAUUAUCAGUAUCUGGCUUAAUAAAUUAUUUUGGAAAAUGGACAGACCUUACUAAAAUAAUUGUACCUCCUAUAAUUAUAAAAAAGGGUGAAACACAUGUUGCACUGUAUGGUUUAAGUUAUAUAAAUGAUCAAAGAUUAUCUAGAUUGUUAAGAGAUUUUAAGGUAGAUAUGUUACGUUCAAAAGAGAUACCAGAUUGCUUCAAUAUAUUUGUUAUACAUCAAAAUCGAUCACCGUAUAGUGAACAUGGAUAUAUUUCGCAAAAUAAAUUACCAGAUUUUCUCAAUCUUAUUAUAUGGGGUCAUGAACAUGAAUGUCGUAUAACUCCAGAACAUAUUCCUGAAACUAAAUAUUAUAUUUCACAACCAGGAAGUUCUAUUGCCACUUCUUUAUCUGAAGGUGAAUCAAAACCCAAACAUAUUGGUAUUUUAAGCGUGAACAAGACGCAAUUUAAACUACAAAGAGUCAAAUUACAAACUGUUAGGCCAUUUAUUUUUGACAAUUUAAUUAUUCAAGAUGAGGAUAUACCAAAAAGUUAUACUGAGGAAUUCUCUGAAUCUGUAUACAAAUUCGUUAACAAUUACAUUGAGAAUGAACUUAUACCCAAAGCUACCAUACAACUUUCUGGUCAUCCUAAACAACCUAUUUUGCCUCUGUUGCGUUUACGAAUAUUUUAUAGUUCUGAGGAAGAAAUCUUUGAUGCAAAUAAGAUGAAAGAAAUUGGAAUAGAACUGUACAAGGAGGUAUAAAAAAGCACUUUAGUUUGGAAGAGAAUAAAGAUAAAUUAACAGUAUUAAAUGUUAAUGGGUUAAACGAAGCAUUAAAUCGGUUUGUCGACAUAGGAGAUACAGAUGCUUUUACAAAUAUUGUAACUCAUCAGAUAAAGAAAACCAUUGCAUACUUGGAAACCUGUGACGUUGAUACUGCUGAAAGUAUUCGUAAUGAAAUUAAAAAUUUUAGAGAUAAACGAAUGGAAAAAGAGGAAGAAGAAACAACAGAGAUACAAUCACUGUUUAGUAAUAUAAAAAGUAGAACACAAAGAGAUAUUGAAAUUGACACAGAUAAAGAUAAUAAUCUCAGUGAUGAUGAAAAUAGAAAUAUGCCUGUGAGCAAAAGAGGUAGAGGACGUGGACGUGGAAAAGGUAGUACGAGAGAAAAACAAUCCAUUCCAGUGAAUCCAACUAAACAACUACAUGCAAAAAGGCAGACAAAAAAAAAGAAAUGCCGCCGAAACGAGGAAAGGUACAAAAAGAAGAGGUUCAAGUAUCUCUUGGACCCCAACUCCGUGAAGGUGAAGUUGUUUUCGGUGUUGCCCAUAUUUUUGCAAGCUUCAACGAUACAUUUGUUCAUGUAACCGAUCUUUCCGGAAGGACGUAGCAGAGAAAUGCAAAUCCCUUGGAAUUACAGCACUUCACAUUAAAUUAAGAGCAACUGGAGGUAACAAAACAAAAACCCCAGGACCAGGUGCACAAUCCGCUUUACGUGCGCUUGCACGUUCUAGUAUGAAAAUUGGCCGAAUUGAAGAUGUCACACCGAUUCCAUCUGACUCUACACGUAGAAAGGGUGGUCGACGUGGAAGAAGGUUAUAAAUUAUGUUUUUAUGUGUGGUUUAUUAACUUUCAAAAAUAAAAUCUUUUAAAAAACGCUGUUAUGUUUUUAUAUUCUUCUUAUUUAUACAAUUUAUAGUGAAAUUCUAUAUAAUAUUAACUGAUAUCAAAUGCAGUGUUCACAUAUUAUCAUUUAUACAUUUUUAUAUGAAUUCAUGACAUAAAGAAUCCUUGAAAUUUCUCAGAUGUAAAUAUUAAAAGAAAUUAUGCAUUUAUUAAAAAGUUGUAAUAAAAUAAACAUAAAUUAAUGUUUAAAUAAUAAAUAAUACAUAUUAUAUAUGUGCAGUUUGAGUCAAUUAUGGAAGUUUAAUAUUUAUAUGACAUAA